UCCCAACAAACAUGAACCUUUUUGCUUUUUUAGUUGAAUUAUUAGAAGAAUCUUUAUCUAAAAAUACAACAUUGACACCUGAAACCUUUUCUUGAUUUUCAGUUGAAACAUUUUAUCUGUGAGGAUUCAUAUAGUCGACCUCACAUAGUCUGCUUCGACUUUCUUGAAAUUGAGACGUAAUUAUUAUUAUAUUUAUUUUUCUGUGAAUUUGAGAUUAAAUAGCAACAAAAAAAAAGGUAAAUAAAUGGAGUUGAUUUUGCAAGAAGAUGAUGGUAUUUUAGUGCCACCCACAAAUUUUUCAGUAGUGGAAGAUAACUGCAUUUACAGAAGUGGCUUCCCUCAGCCUUCCAAUUUCCCAUUUUUGCAGUCACUCAAUCUGAGCUCUAUCAUAUGUUUGUGUCCAGAGCCUUAUCCUGAAGAGAAUUUGGAGUUUCUUCGAUUUAACAAAAUAAAGCUUUUCCAAUUUGGAAUGGAUGGCACUAAGGAGGCAUCAGCUAUGUCCAGGAGUGCUAUAACAGAGGCUUUGAAAGUGCUAACAGAUGUCAGAAAUCAUCCAGUUCUUAUCCACUGCAAGCGCGGAAAGCAUCGAACUGGUUGCAUUGUCGGUUGCCUAAGGAAAUGGCAGAGUUGGUGUUUGUCUUCUGUGAUGGAGGAGUACAAGCAUUUUGCAGGCACAAAGUGGAGAGAAACAGACCUGAAAUUUCUUGAGACUUAUGAUGUUUCAUGCAUAAGGCAUUGCCUCGAGAGCAUUAUCUACACGUGCCAUGGUUCAACGAAAAGGCGAUUACUAUAUAGAGAAGAAAUUCUGCAGAAGCCUCAGAUGACUUCUGUUCUAUAGAGCGAUUAUCCAUCCUGACUUUUUGCAGGGAUUGGAUAUUCUUUCGUUAAUUCAAUUACAAAAAUCCAUUCCAGGUGCCAUCUAAGUGAAAAGUUCUGUUAGGUUCUCAGUAGCAGUCGACAACUGUUACCUUUUUUACUUCACCAUUAGUCGUUGUAGCCUUAAGCUUCUUUGGUGUUUUUAUAACUAGUUCAGAUCCAUCUAUACUCUACUUUGCUUCUCAAAUGCCUUAAUUCACUA